CACGCCCCCACAAAUGAUCGGGGAGGGGACAAAUCGUUAUUGGGAAACUUGUAGGCUGUGCAUGGCUCCUUAGACUAGGACAAACAUGCCAAGAAAGGUGUGUGGCUUACAGCUGGGCCGGGACAUACGAUAGAGACGUCCGUACUCAUCAGGACAGUCGACGACGCCAUAAUUCACUGGAGAAGUGUUCAUCCGAACUAGCAUGCCAACAUUCGGGCGAGAGAGAUGGAUGGCGCCCAGGCCUUUUCUACAUAACAGUGGAAUCGUUGGCCGAUGCCUAACGAGUAACUGUGCAAGCUUCGGUCCGGCUCUCCUGACAGGACCCAAUGACGUAGGAACGAGCCAGUAUUCGGGAGGGGGGUUCAGUCCUCUCGUGUUUGUAAAACUUAUGCAGAGGGGCAAACAUAACAUACCCAUGAUGGACGACGGUGGGACGGAGACAAACAAAGCGGACAUGCCCUGGCCGCUGCGGGGAUUACCCACCGCACCCACCCGCCCUGCACCAUUUUCCCCUCCAAACCAGUGUUCGUCCCGUGUCGGAAAUAGCAGCCAAUGUACGGAUAGAGUUUUCGAUAGCCUGAGCGGUGGGGUCCAGGUGCGAGCUCGCGAGACUGUUGUGCAGGCUAUCACGAUAACACGCUGCGGAAACUACACAAACUUUCUGAAGCCAAGCCGACAGGGGAGGAGGAGCUGAGUUUAGGGGCGGAACUUUGGAAUUGUCGCUUGUCCGCGGCUUCCCUUCAUACUGUAGACUUGACACUGGCGUCUGCUGACUUACGGUUCUUUUGCACUUGUGCCCGCAUCAACGGAUUUUGGUGUGUCAAAACGAAACUACUGCAUGC